AUGGAUGAUUUGGGCACCUUCGAGCUUCAGCUGCAGGUCUUCGCAGCCUCCGUAAAAUGCCUCGGAGAUCCAGGCACCUGGACCCCGCGGCGUCCGAGCUUGGAGGUGACUUUCGGUGAUGUGCAGUUGGAGACAAAAGCAGCUACCUGGGACGAGCAUGCCAGGAGUUCGAGAGGGUCAUGCUGGAUACCCAGCGGACAAGAGUGCCCGUGGCGCUUUGAUGACACAUUGACCUUUGCUGCAUCCGUCGAGGAAUUGGAGUCACAUUCAGCUCUUAAUUUUCGUCUUCGCGUCCAAAGUGACAUUGUGCUGGGUGUGGUAACUGUGAAGCUCCCGACGGAUGUGCUAGGCGUGGCCACCGCCGACCUGUUGCGGCAUGUGCUGCCAAUAUGCAGUCCCACUGGGCCUGUUGACCGGUAUCGAUAUCAAAGCCCUGUGCAGAUGGUGACCCUAAAGGCAGCGGAUGCUUCUGAAGUCGGCUCCAUUGCCCUGCUCUUUGGCAUUGAUGCAGACCCGAAGGAGUUGCUAGCAGCUUCUUGCAUCACAGCUGCUGCUAGGCCUUUGUUGCGACGACCUGAUGAUGCAGCGCGGGCAUCAUGGUGGCUGGAGUGCUGCACUUCAGAGCGAGGGCAACGUGUGUGCUCAGAGCAUUGCGCUGCCGAACAAGAUGGACAAGACAGAGACACCUCUCUGAAUUUGCCAACCCUUCUUCGGCGCCCUGAGCCCCCGUCCUUGCCGGCACCAGAACAGUCCCCUGAUGGAUGGAUUUGUCGCCGAGGCCCGGGAGGACGAGUCUUUUGGCACCACAAGGCCUUGGGUCCAGCACCUUGGGAAGCCGUUCCCUGCAGCUUAAAGAACAACAGGGCUUUCCACAGGUCCAUCAUGGGCAAGGUUGCAGACCUCUCAGACUUGCCACAGAGUUCAGACUCAAUGCUCUGA